GUUUACGUAUAUUACUGAUGCCCAUCCAAACUUUAUCAACCCCAUAUUUACAGAGAGUGAUAAGCCACGAACAGGAACAGGUGAACCAGUUUUAAGUUUGCACUACAGUACAGAAGGAACAACUACAAGCACAAUAAAACUGGACUUCACUGAUGAGUGGAGCAGCACAAAUUCAAGCUCUAGAGGGAGUGGAAGUCAUUGCAAAACUGAAGGCCAAGAAGACUCUGUAAAAACAAAAGCCUCAGAAGAGCCAGGGCCUAGCGAUGAAAAAACAAAAGUUCCUGAUGAAUCUCAUGAGGAAGAUGCAAGUGCUGAAGAACUGAAAGCUACAGAUGAAACUACAGAGACAACAGAAGCAACCGUAUCAGAUAAAUCUGGUCCUGAGCAUUCUGGAAUCGAACCAGAAGAAAAUGGCCCCAGUGUUGAUGCUGUCAAUGUAGAGGAGGAAGCUUCCUGUGAAAGAAGUGUGAAUCAAGAAAUUUCAAGUCAAAGUACUGAAUCCACUGCCAACUCGCUUGCUGCAACCGAUGAACCUCAGCCACACCCAGAAUCCUCAGGUCUUGCAACUCCAGACGAGUCCUCUACGAGGACCUCAGCUCUCCAAGAAACUGAUGAUAGUGAUGAUGAUCCUGUUCUGAUCCCAGGGGCAAGGUAUCGAGGAGGACCAGGACACAGAUAUAAUAUCAGAGGAACAGCGAUAGGUGAUAGAAUAAUGAGACGAUCUGCUGUUGCCCGCAUUCAGGAGCUCUUCAGAAGGAGGAAAGAAAGAAAAGAAAUGGAAGAACUGGAAACGUUGAAUAUUAGACGUCCUUUAAUAAAGAUGGUUUAUAAAGGUCAUCGGAACUCCCGAACAAUGAUAAAGGAAGCCAAUUUUUGGGGAUCUAACUUUGUCAUGAGUGGUUCAGACUGUGGCCAUAUUUUUAUAUGGGAUCGACAUACUGCUGAACAUCUCAUGCUGCUGGAAGCUGAUAAUCAUGUGGUGAACUGUCUUCAGCCUCAUCCAUUUGACCCAAUUCUGGCCUCUUCGGGUAUUGAUUAUGAUAUAAAAAUUUGGUCGCCGUUGGAAGAAUCCAAGAUUUUUAACAGAAAACUUGCAGACGAGGUUAUAACACGUAACGAAUUAAUGCUGGAAGAGACCAGAAACACUAUUACUGUUCCAGCUUCUUUUAUGUUACGGAUGUUGGCUUCGUUGAAUCAUAUAAGAGCAGAUCGAUUGGAAGGUGACAGAUCAGAAGGAUCUGGUCAGGAAAAUGAAAACGAAGAUGAAGAGUAACCGGCAGUUGUGUGCAAGCACCUAGACGUUAAUGGAAUUUGUAUAAGACAUUAAUUAUAUUUUUCCUUACAGAGCUUUAGUGCAAUUCUAAGGUAUUGCUUUUGGAUAACCUAACCUUUUGUUUUUGAAUGACUGUGUGCAUGACUUUGGGAGAGUGUGCAAGUAAAAUAAGCAAAAAUGUUUUUAAAAUGUUUUGCCAUGUAUGAGGGGUGCUAGAAGAUGCAAAGUGCAAUAUUUUCCUUAACCUGCAAAUGUGGGAGCUUGGAUCAAUGUUUUAAAGUAACUUUCAUUAUAGUAAAAACGUUGGUUCAAAUAAAUUUCUAUACCUGCUGUUUGCAUGUUUGUUGCUUUCUAAUUAAAAGAUUUGGUUGUUUUAAGUA